AUGAUCUCUGGUGCUGGUGUCAGCAAUACCACGAAAACUGCCGGCUGGCUUCAAGAUGGAGUCUACUGCGAAAACGUGCCACAUGGGAGCGGUACCAAAAGAAUAACUUCUUGGUGCCGCCACCAAGCGCUCAGGACCCCACAAAGACACCUUUCUGGUCAACCGAGCCAAAACGCGCAAGAAACCACGAGGACGAAAAGUCGUCUCAAAUCUUUGAUCAACAGCAAAUCUGGUCGUCCAAAAGGGGGUGGUGAAACAGCUACAACUCUCAACUCCUCAAACUCGAAGGCAGCAGAGGCAGUGUUGAAAUGCUUGUUCACAAACUGCCUCAGCUUUUUCAACAAACUCGACUAUGUUAAACAGUCAGCUUGCCUUGAACAACCAUCCAGAAUCGCACUCACAGAGACCAGGUUCGCACCAGAUGGUAUACCAACAGAACUGGUCAUUGUCGAUCUGAACGUAGAGAAGGUAGAAGCUGAAAUAAGUGAUCUACAGAAUGCAAGGCAAUAUCUUCCAAAAGUCUCUAUAUACGGUGGAUCGAAUUACAAACUGUCCGCUAACUCCAACAUUGCGAUUUUAUGCGCUGGAGUUGACAAAAGAGACAAUGAAAAUCAGCUUAGUCAUGUGCAAAGAAAUGUUGACGCACUAAAAAGUAACUUAUUAACAACAAGCUUAAUUGCUACAGCUGUGAUUCCACACUUGGUUGAAAACAGCCCAAAAUGUACAAUAAUCGUAUUGAUAAAGCCAGGUACUUCGCAAGCUUGCAUGCUUAUUAGACCGCAGUUGAUGUUUUGGCCUAUGUGGCUUGGCGAAUCAGUGGAUUUCCAAAAAACCGCGUUCUUGGACUUGGGACAAUGGUUGAUUCUUCCAGAUUCUGUAAUGCAAUAA